AAAAAUAUUGGAGGAACUGACGUGCUUCAUGUGCUCAGAUGCAGCCUACACAACAAACGGGCGUUGCCAUUAGCUAGAUUUUCAGCGAGUGUUCGUUGACAUGGAACUGCAGUGAGGAUCAUUACAAACAAGCAGCUCUUCGGUCAGAGCGUUGCAAACUUUAUUUGCACUAAUAUGGAUCGCUGGAGAGGCAGAGUUGCUCUCGUCACUGGAGCUUCAGUUGGAAUCGGAGCCGCAAUCGCAAAAUCUCUUGUCCAGCAUGGCAUGAAGGUGGUCGGAUGUGCCAGAAAUGUGGAUCAAAUAGAGAAACUGGCAGCUGAAUGUGUCAGUAGCGGAUUCAGCGGUGCUCUGUUUCCAUAUAAAUGUGAUCUUUCUGUAGAGGAUGAAGUGUUGUCCAUGUUCUCCUGGAUCAAGACUCAACACAAAGGUGUUGAUGUGUGCAUUAAUAAUGCUGGUUUAGCUCUGCCAGAGCCUCUGUUGAGUGGCAAAACCAGCAGCUGGAGGACUAUGAUGGAUGUGAAUUUUACAGCCCUAGCAGUGUGCACCCGUGAGGCUUACCAGUCAAUGAAAGAAAGAAAAGUUGAUGAUGGCCAUAUCAUUAAUAUUAAUGGUAUGUGUGGACAUCGGGUCCUUCAUAACGCCGAUUUGCACUUCUACACCGCUACUAAAUAUGCAGUGACUGCUCUCACCGAAGGUUUGCGGCAAGAGUUACAAGAGGCCAAAACGCAAAUACGUGCCACAUCUAUUUGUCCUGGAUUAGUGGAGACGCAGUUAACCUACCGACUCUUAAGUCAAAACCCAAAAAAGGCAGCUGACAUCUAUAAAAGUAUUGAGUGCCUGCAGGCAGAUGAUAUAGCAAAUGCAGUGGUGUAUGUCCUAAGUGCUCCCCCUCAUGUUCAAAUCGGUGAGAUUCAGAUGAGGCCCGUGGAGCAGCUGACAUGAACAGGAUCAAGCAUCUUUGACAGUUUAAUCACCUCAAAUGGUUUAUAUAAUGUUACAGAGAAAACCACAGGAAUGUACUUUUUCUACACUCCAAAUCUAAAUGAACAGAUCAGUUAAAACAGAAUCAAACAUCUCUAACAUGAAGUCUUUAAUUAUGAUAAAAGCCUGCAGAUUAUCAAAAAUGACAGGCAUGUCUAUUGUAAUUGUAUACCAUGUUGUUAAAGUAAUUGCAAAGUCUCUUAUAUUUAAAAUGUGUUCUUUAAGAACAAAGAACUGUCUCAUUAUGAAGUUAAGUGGCUGAAAUGAUUUGAGAAAAUAUGCUUGUGGUAAUGAGUGCAGAUUUGAUUUAACCCUUGAUUAAAAGUUAUUUUUU